AGACACGAGAGGUCACCAAACGCAUAUCAGAUAAUUUCUCGAGGACACCAUUGUUCAAUAUUAGACGUAGACGCAGCGAUGGGUCGAAUCUGUGACUGGAUUUUUGCAGUUAUUCUAGUGUUUUUCCUUACGAAGGGAAUCUCAUCAAAUGAAGAUCUGGCAAAAGAAGUCGAUCUUUUCAAAGCAGUUGGGCUUGGUGACAAAGCAUUCGCCGGGGUCACAAAAACCACAGGACAAAACGACCAAAGUGCCGCAUAUCAAUUUACCACGUCUACGACUGAUCUCAUAGCAAGUCAGCAGGCGUUUGAACAGGCCGAUAAAAUGAUCCACAACAGCCAUGAUUUCAUCGUCUCGGCCUACGUCAAGCUCGAUCUUCUCAGAAGAUACGACAACCCUAUUGUUUCUAUUUCUUCACAAGGCGGACAUGAUCUGUAUUUCAAGUUUGUCGUCUCUGGCAAGAGUCGAGGAAAAGGUCUUGAUAUCACUGUCUCACUUCAAGUCCCAGGCGGGCGGUUAGCGCCAUUCAAAGGUUCCAGUAAAACAUCUUUGGACUUCACAAAAUGGCACAAGGUAGCGGUCCGAGUACAGGACAGUCAGUCGAUGCUGAGGAUAUUCGUAGAUGACGAAAUGGUCAGCGUGCAUCCAUUCAAGCAGCAGAUUGUUGCCUAUCCUCAAAACGCCCAGCUUCGACUUGCUCAGAUCUUCGAAGUGUAUUUGGAAAAUACUGGUGUUAUCACCAGUAAGUUUAAGGGGGAUCUUCAAGACGUUAAGUUUAUUUUGGGAAAUACUUUACGCGAUUGUCCAACAACAGCAAAGUGUGAAUGUUCAGAUGUCGUGGGGACAAAGGAUUGCGUCAUGGACGGGUUCAGGUACGAAGACGGAAACCGCUGGACAAAGGACAAGUGUACCUUGUGUCAGUGUAAGUGGGGACAAGUGAUUUGCACUCACAUCUGUCAAGUUUGCAAAGACAACGGUCGAAGCUAUCUGCACGGCGAAACAUGGAAAUCAGGAAACGAUAGCUGCCAGACCUGCAAGUGUUCGGAGGGUAACAUUACCUGCUCACCACCCUCCUGUCCAAACCCUGAUUGUAAAGGGAAGUCAGGGGAUGUGAUUACUCUUAAAGGACAGUGCUGCCCGAUUUGCAAAGAGGACCAAUGUGACGGGACAGGAAAGGUUUACAAAAGUUGUAGUUGCGACUCGACUUGUUCCAGACAAGGAUUCAAGUGUCAAUCGUGCACCGAAGGCUGUUUCUGCCCGAAAGGACAAGUGUUGGAUAAGAACGGAAAAUGUAUCGACUCUGCUAGGUGCAACUGUUUUUACAAAGGAAAGGAAUACAAGCCUUUGGAUAGUUACUCCGACCGCUGCUAUUUCUGUUUCUGUCUUGGCGGGGAAAUGAUCUGCCACAAGUUUUGCUGAGAACAGAAGCCAGGUGUCCCGGAUGAUUUACGAAAACCAAGAUGGCAGAAAGUAAAACGCACGGGCGUUUCGACUUGUAAAGUUCAUAUAAGGUUCACAUUAAUAUUGUAGAUAUUUUAUAACGCUUCAGUUUAAGAGAAGGAUUAAAACAAAGCAUAUUAGGCGAGUUAGCAACAAACAGUAGAAGGAAAUGUUUAUACAAUUUAAAUAGAAAUUAUUACCAAUUCGGGAUUUUUAAUUGACUAAGAAACUAAGAAUUUCAACGUGUAAGCAUUUAUUUUCGAGUACGAAAGAACAACGUCGACAAACUCAUUUCUCGUAUUUACGAACGUAAAUUAUUAUGCCUUUUACUGUUUGUAAAACAGUACUUCUUACUGAUUCUUUAUUGAAACAAGAUUUAGAAGCAACAAUUACCAUUAUAGUUAAAUUGUAUUAAGAUGUAUUGAAACUAAAAAAGGAUUGAAUAACUUAGUAACCUUUAUUUGGUUCACUUGAAGUUAAGUUGUCAGACAUCAUAGAGUUAAAGAAGAUGUAGUUGUGUUACAGAAAGCGAAUAUUACAGCAAGCGUUAAACUCAUACUUCAUUUGUACUUUAAUUUAUUGUAUUGAUUCACUUUUAUGUAGCUAUAACCUUUUAAAUUUAUAAUAAAAUUUUCAAGCUAC